AUGACCCCAGCGACCCGAUGGGCAAGAUAUUCUUCAAUAUCCCUAGCCACCUUUGCCGAGUUCGAGGCCGAUCUCAUUCGGAUGCGGACGCGUGAAGGGAUGGCCAUCGCCCGGGGCAAGGGCAAGUUGCGCGGCAAACAGCCCAAGCUCUCCGAAAAGCAGCAGCGGGAACUCUGCCGCAUGCACGCCACCGGCGACUAUUCCAUAGGCGACCUGGCCGAGGUCUUCGCUGUUUCGAGACCCACCGUCUACAAGACGCUCAGCCGAGCGGCAACUCCCACAUGA